AUGAGUAAGAAAAAAUCGAAAGGAAGUAGCGGUGAGGAAGAAAUUGAUCAAACAUUGCAGGACUCCCCUUCAUUUGAACCAUUCUUUGAGGUUGGACCUGAAAUUGGUUCAGCGAAUCCGGCACAGUUGGAUGCUUCUGCUGUCUCAUUUGUAUCGGGCGGUGAAUCAUCGAAUCCAAGCGCUCUGGCCGAUGAUAAGGCCGUACCAGUCCUGGAAAAAUUAUCACUACCAGAGCUCUGGAAUCAGUAUGUGAAAUGCCUAAUGAUGGCAGUGCCAUCGAAUGUCGGACGAGCGGGUUUUGAAAGUUGCGCAGGAAGGAAUGCGGAAAAAUAUUUGGAACAAAUUAUGAAGCUGUCA